AUGAUGGAACCGCAAUCACCUUUGAUUCUUUGCAUGGAAAAUGUCGAAGGUCAGGAAGUGGCCCUCAAAAUAGAGCCAAAUGAUACAUUUCAAAUGUUUCUUGAUAAUUCUAAGUUACUACUAGGUUUCGAGGUUGAUAUAAACUCAAUAACCGGCAACCAGACAGUAUCUCUUAGUGAUAAUAUCUAUACAUUCCUAGUCAACGCUGAAAAGAACGUAACUAGUAAUGAUCUUGAUCAGAUUCUGGAUCAAAACCCUGAGAAUGACGAUCUGGUGUAUGUUCUUGAUGACGGUACCCAAAUAAGGGCCUCGCAGAUACAAUUUGACAAUGAGGACCCCUUAAUAGAUCUAACCGCUGAAAAAAUACCAUUCGUAAAAUACAACGAUGAUGAAGAUGAAGAUGUUGUGGAAAUCGGGACAGUUAAAGAUGUCAAUAUCAUCGAAAGUCCUGUUACCAAGUGGAAUAAGGACUGCAGUCCGAAAUGCAGUUUCGCUAACAGUCUGCCUUUCAAACUCGUAUGCAAUAACACUUCAAACUUCGACGCGCAAUUCUCGAAAUAUCUAGAGCCUACCAAAACAUAUACUACCCUAAAUCCGGCCAAUCGCAAUAAAUCACCAAGGAGCCUUAUACGGGAUAAUUAUAAGAAUUAUGAUGAACGAAACGAUUUCUUCACUAGGGAAGAUAUUUUGAACAUGUUCAAAGAUUCUCCAGUAACUUCCUUGCCAUAUGAUGGUCAGAAUUACGAGAAGCGUAGGCAUGUGAGGAAAACUGACCCUUCUAGAUCAGUACAUAAGAGCUGGAAUUACAAAACAACGCCCGACGUAGACAAUAUGACCAAUAACCAAGAUUGCUUCAUAUGUGGGAAGAUUGUUGAAAACAAUGAGAAGCUAUACCUAUUCGAUAAAGAAGAUCAAAUGUUGCAUAGAUGUGAGCAAAGGAAAUUUCAGCAGCAAUUGAAAAUCAUUUGCGAAAGAUGUCUGAAUGAGAAUUUCAAACCCAGCAGAAUGAAAAGUCCAAGCCAGUCGCUUAAUAACGACGAAUAUCUAGUCAUAAAGAACAACCAACAGUACAUAUUCCAAAAAAUUACAUCCAUAGACCUAAAGAAGUUAAACGUAGACUCGAACAAAAAUUCUGAGUACGUCAAAGUCGAAAUAGGUCCCGAUGGGGAAAUUAUCACAAAACCCAUAGACAACGAUGUUAAUGACGUCAUGAUAGUUAAAGAUGAGAAGAAAGAAAGUUCUAGUGACGUUGAAAUUAUAGAACCGGAUGUUGAGAUUGACAUAGACAAUAUAGAGGAAGCGGAUGAACAAGUGAAGGAGUUUUUGGGGAAGUACCAGUGUGAUGCCACAGAUAAUAAAGAAUUGAAAUGCAGAUUUUGCGAGCGCGUUUUCACAGAACUGGAACAAGUCAUAGAGCAUGGAGAGGAGCAUAGACACGAUGUGGAAGAUGAAACAGUAUACCCAUGUCCGUUAUGUGACUACGGAUAUGCAAACUUCAAAUAUCUCAAAGCUCAUCUAAAAGCCGCGCAUGUUAAUAAUAAAGAUAAUAAUAAUGAAGAACAAAAUGAUAAAAAUACACCCAAAUCCUCUCCAGUAGCGAAAAGAACAAGAAGCGCUAUAAAGAAACACGACAACGAAAAUGAUGAUAAAAAUGAAAAGAACGCCGAAGAGACGAAGACUAAUAAUACGGAAUUCACUACUGAGGUUAAACAAGAGUGUGUUGAGAGUAGCGACGAGUCUAUAUGGAUCGUGCAAACUGGUGAUGAUGAUGAACAACUGAACAACUUGCUGCAGGUAAAAGAUGAGGAACGGGACAUGAAUGAUAGAAAAAAGCACAAGUGUUUCAACUGCAGCCAAAUAUUUCCCACCGCGGAGAGUUUAUCGUCACAUAAAUGUAGGAAACGAGGCAGAAAAAGGAAAUCGUUGUUGAAGGACGAAUCAGUUAUAUUUGUUCCAUCAGAAGAAGAUUUUUUGAAGAGAGCCCAAGGUAGAUUACGUCGUGAAGGAUCAGGAAAUAAUGACCUAUUAGUAAUGAGAUCACGCAAGAAGAAGAAUCGUGAUUCUGAGCCGCAGAUCGUCACUUGCCAUAAUUGCAACGAAUCCUUCACGUCCAAAGUGAGACUUAAAUUUCAUAUGCAAUUCCACGACACAACCAAUCUAUUGACAUCCGACGGUCGGUACGUUUGUUCUGAAUGCGAGAACGCUAAAUUCGCUACAGAGACAGAACUAUUCGAUCACGUACAUUUCCAACACGACAAGCAGAAAAGAUGGCAAUGCCCUGUCAAAGAUUGCGGGAAGACAUUCUUCUUGAGGGCAACACUAACCAAACACAGUCGCACACACACAGACACAAGGAGGUAUGUGUGUGUGACGUGUGGUAAACGUUUCUUGGACAAACAGACGUUGGAUGAACACGGCGUUACUCAUUUACAGAUAAAGCCAUUCCAAUGUCACAUAUGUCUUAAGCAAUUAACCCGUCGCUCGCGUCUACGUAUGCACUUACGUGCUCACGAGGAAGAAUUAUCACCAGCACUAGUUUUGGUUUGCGCGAUAUGUAAUAGGGCUUUUAGGGAUCACGUCGAUGCACAGGAGCAUGCUACAAAAUCAUCAGAAUGUAUUGAAGAGUUCACAAAUGAAUUGAAAGAGGAGAAGGAGGCUUCAGAACAAUUAUCUCCCACCAGUGGGCUAGUGAGACAUACUGUUCGCGUCGUGGCAGAAUAUUCACAUAAUAAGGCGAUCGAUCGUGAAGUGAACAACGCUGAGAGCGAGGCGCUAUUGUCGUCUUUGGAUGACGUUGCUAAAAAUAUCAUACGAGUGGUCAUCAUUGAGAAGGCGUUCAGAUGCGAGUAUUGUGAAGAUGUAUUCUAUUUGGAAGACGCUUUAAAUAAUCACAGAGUAAUACACAAAGGUGUGCAAAAUCCGUUCACCUGUCACAUCUGUAAAGUAAGCUUCGCCACAUAUUCAAGAUGCACAACACACAAAACCACACACGGUUUUUACAAGCGAAGUACUACAGAGGGUAACGAGGGUCACACUGGACCGGCUAGCGCGGGGAUUUUAGGUUACGGGGGAUUCCCAGUUGUUAAACACUUUCUAUGCGAGGACUGCGGAAGAUCGUAUUUGCAUUGGACAUAUUUACAAGUACAUCGUCGCAUGAAACACGCUAACGAGAAUUAUAUAUUUAAAUGUAACCAGUGCGAACUAACUUUCCCAAAUAGUUGGAGUGUUGCGUAUCACAGGAAGAAAGUACACGGAAAAUCUGGUCAAGACGAGAAUGGGGGCAUCACUAAAAUUAUAAGAGACAACAGAAUCCCAUGUCGUGACUGCGAUCAGACGCUGCCAAACAAAAUUGAACUCUACAAACAUAGAAAGAAGGAGCAUUCGGAUGAAGCUUUAGAUAUGGACAAAGAAGGUAAUUGGUCGGAUCAAAUAGAUGAAUCCAGUACCACUGUAUGUAGCAAGUGUGGACACAAUCUGCAUAACGUGACGGCGUUACAAAAACAUAUCAAGGAGGUCCACGGGUACACCAAUCCCCACUCGUGCCCCGUGUGUGGUCGUAGUUUCCGUUCAGCGUCGAUACGUAACGAACACGUAAGGACUCACACGGGGGAACGACCGUACCCCUGUGAUGUGUGUGGGGUAGCGUUUAGACGAUCAACAGCGAUGCGUAAUCACCGUCUUAUUCACACGGGGGUCCGCGCGUGGGCUUGUUUGAGAUGCCCCAAAAGGUUCCGUAUUAAAUCUGACCUCAAGACACAUCUAAGACUGAAACAUCCGGCUCAUCUGGCUGUUAUUGAGAUCGAGGGUACCGCAGCAUCUUCGGAGGAGGUGCAGCAACAGCUGACCUUGAACAACAUCAACCACGACAAGGUCAUUGAGAUAACGAUGAUAACCUUCGCUAAGGAUACAACAAACAUAGUUCCUAAUUCAUCCCGCGCUCUCGGUCUAUUAAAUGAUGUGCCGAGGACACGCGUGGUUUGGGAGAGGCCUACGCAAUACUAUGAUGUUUUCCAACCCCGUCGCGGCCGGGGUAUAGCUAAGACCCCAAGACGACCGAAAAUAUUGAGAGGGGAAGAUUUACCCCAUGAUGAAAAUUACCCCUUGGAUAAUGAUAACACGGAAACGGACCCAGAGAAGAUUCAAGAUAAUAUGUAUCCUGUGACUUUGAAUGUGGAUGGAGAGUUUCAAAACCUAUCAACAUUGAAUGUCCAACUUUUGUUACAAGAUGGCGCUUUAGUGAACGGCAAUCAAAUGGUCGAAUUACAAUUAAACGAUGAGAUGCUUCUGGAAUAG